AUGGUAGCGCCGUGCAUCGCCGACCUGGUGAAGGUCAACAAGGCCAUCAACGACGGCAGGAGAGGCGCCGACUAUAUGCAGAAGUUCCCGAAGGGUAUCGGCCUCAGUCGAGCUACGAGUGACGAGAUCGCCAGGUACAAGAGCAUCGGUGGCCAUUUCCUCUUCAUAGUGGACCACGACGUGUUGUCGGGGAAGCUGGCGACAGCAGCUAUGAUGGAUUACAGCUCCAAGUCGACACAGAGAGUUUGCCGGGGCACACUUGCAGCUGAAGCCUCACACCUUGCAGAUUCACUGGAAGCUGGUGAGUGGUUGUGUGUUUUACUUGAAGAAGUGUUCAACCCGAGGAUCGACUUGAAGAACUGGCAGAAGAUCGUGGCGAGAAGAAUCAGGGUUUUCUUGACUGAUGUCAAGUCGGUGCAUGAUUAUUUGACGAAAGAAGGAUCAGGCCUUAGUCGAGACAAGCGGAUGGCGAUAGAAGGAGCUUUGUUGAAAGAGGCUUUGAGGCAACCAAACGCGACACUACGGCGGGUGGAUGGACUGCAGAACCUUGCGGACAUUCUGACGAAAGAGGGAGUUGAUCUGGAGUAUUUCCGACAUUACCUGAGAACGAACCAGAUUACGAUUCAGCAGGACCUGGCUGCAUUGCUAAACCCGAUCGAUCUGAAGCUGAUCGACUACGAUGUGAGCGAUCGGCCGCUGGAGUUCGAGAUGAAGACUUGCAGGAUGGCUGAGAUGUACCUUGUCUACUUGCCCCGCUGA